CAUCGGAUCAUUGAUCUACAAAGAGCAACCUCAUCUGCAUUCUGCCACAAGCUCGUUCGCCAGCCAGCCAGCUUCUUCACCCAACCGAUAUCUCGCUCGCUCGACGCCGGAAGACAUGGAGGAUGCCCUCGUGAUGUCGCCGGAGCUCCGCGACGUGCUGGCCAAAGUGGUCGCGUUCAUCCUCGUGCAGGGGCUGGUCUACCUCAUCCUCACCAACUCCUCUGACGUCUUCUCCAAGAACAAGAUCCUCAGGUCCCUCAGCUUCCGGACCAUGCGCUCCAUGAGCGUACGCCGCCUACUCGCGCCGCUCUCAGACGUCCCCGUCGGCACCGACGACCAGGGCUCGCUGCCUCCGCCUUCGCCGUCCUACUUUUCGAGGUCGUGGUCGUCGCGCCGCGGAGAUAACCGCCAGGACUAGGAUAAGAGGUGCCUGCAUUGGAGCUAGCGAGUGCUAAAAUUAGUUCUGACCGGACGAGUAGCUUUGGUAGUUCCGAACUGUCAUAGGUUUGCUACUAUUUGUGACUUGAGAUUUCAGAAUCAUAUAUCUGAACUCUCGCGUAAUUAGAGUAGGUUGGUCUUGUAAAUAUGUUCAUUGAGUAUUUGUGUUGAAUUGGGAGGAUGGAUCAUUGGAACCAGUA